AUGGAGGAAAUAUCGGUUUGCGAAGCCUUAAUUGCCCUUCUUGGCAUAGAAAAAGUCCUCGUCCCGGGCAGCACGGGAUACAAUACGUCCCUCUCAUCGUAUUUCAGUCCGCAAGCUGCGGCUGUUCUGCCGGCGUGUUUCGUAACACCACAGACUGUCGUCGAUGUCUCAACCUUGGUUAAAAUACUGACCUCGUCCGAAAAUGGAGGGCCUCACGACUUCGCCGUCCGCGGUGGUGGCCAUACGUGGUUCGCCAAUGCGAACAGCGCCCCCGGUGCCGUCACUAUCGACAUGCGCGGUCUUAAUUCGAUUGAAUUCAGCGCUGACAAGUCUAGCGUAUCAGUUGGUGCCGGUGCCACCUGGGAUCUCAUCUACGAUAAACUCGACCCCUUGGGUCUGAGCGUUGCCGGCGGUCGUGUCGCUGGUGUUGGCGUUGGCGGCCUAACCCUCGGUGGCGGUAUAUCUUACUUCGGACCACGAGAGGGCCUUACCUGCAACCAAGCAAUAUCAUUCGAGAUAGUACUAGCGGAUGGUUCGGUGGUAGAGGCAAACGAAAAACAGAAUGCGGAUCUAUGGUGGGGGCUCCGGGGUGGGUCGAAUAACUUCGGCAUCGUCACCCGUAUCAACUUCAGGACUUUCGAGCAGCGGAGCUUGUUAUGGUCGACUCUAACCCUCAACCCUCUCACUGAACCGUUUGAGGGCGAGACUCCGCCGUUCUAUAAGCCUAUUUUGGAGCUUCCUACGAUUAGCAACGCUUUAGCGACGACUAUUACCGCGAGUAUGUCAACGCUUGCACAGAAUUCGGUGGCACUUCAAAAGCCACAGGCCGCUCGUUACAUGACAGCAACGACAACAUUUAUUCCUACGGAAGCUAUGAUCCGCGCGACGUACGAUGCCUUCAAUUCGUCGUUCUCGCUAUUAGAGGGUGUGGCAGGACUUAUGUGGGCCGCGAACAUCGAGCCCUUAGGGGUGCUGAACUUAUUGCUGAAGCUCCACUAUGGACCCGUAAGUCAAAAAAAGAUUAUUGUCCCAAACACCCCCUUACCACCGCAAAUUUACAAGCGUGGCGGGGCCGACACCAAUGCUCUCGGGCUGACCAAACAGGAAUCCUCGCUCGCCAUCUGCCUCAUCUCGCCGGCAUGGUCGGACGCCGCCCACGAUGAGCAGGUGUACAGCGCCGCGCGCUCGCUGAUGAGCGAUAUCGAGGAGAAGGCUAAAAAGCUAGGCGUGUAUGAUCCGUAUAUUUACCUGGACUAUGCGGCGCCGUGGCAAGACGUCAUUAAGGGGUAUGGCGAGGAGAAUGUGAAAAUGUUGCAGGCGCUGAGGAAGAGGGUUGAUCCCGUGGGGGUGUUUACGCGCAUGGUUAAGGGCGGGUUUAAGAUUCCGGAGGAGAGUUAG